AUGGAAUCUAAUCAAACAACAGCUUGUGGUGCGCCUAAGAUUGAACCAAACACCUCAUCAACCAGCUCAUUGACAGCCGCAUACAAUUGGUUUCAGGAUUGCUGUUCCACCCACACGACAUGUAAUUUGAAAUUAUUUUCAAAGACCGGGUGGUACCCGACUCGUCUCAUUGAUAUCGGCCAAAAGGAAAGUUUUCAUUGGAGGCUUCUGGUUGUCUCCGAAGACGGGAUCUCUCCGCAGUCAGCUCCGUAUAUGACACUGAGCUAUCGAUGGGCACCAAACCCUAAGCCGAUCCUCUUGGCUUCUAAUAUCGACGAAUUCCGUCAUGGUAAACCAAUUAAAGAUCUUCCUCAAACAUUUAGGGAUUUUAUUGUCGUCGCACGAAGAUUCUCAAUUCGGUAUAUCUGGAUCGACGCACUUUGCAUUAUCCAAGACUCCAGGGGAGACUGGGAGAUAGAAGCACCGACUAUGAGAUUUGUAUAUACUAAUUCUAUAUGCAAUGUUGCGGCAUCAGUAUCAAAAUCUCCCAGUGAAGGACUUUUCCGCUCACGGGAUACGGACAAACUAAAAAUGAGAAUAGUGCCCUGUUCACUAUAUUCCGGCAAAGAAGAACCGUCUUAUAUCUAUGAGGACUUCUGGGACAAAGAUAUUCUUAAAGCACCGCUCCAUAAGCGAGGAUGGGUCCUCCAAGAACGUAUACUUGCCCCCCGUGUCCUAUAUUUUGGAAAGGAUCAAAUCUUCUGGGAGUGUCUAACUCGACGGAAAUGCGAGCUUCUCCCAAAUGGUCUUCCUUUAGAAAUACCAUCCAGGAGAGAUCUUCUGGACCAAUUACAUUGGGCGGGUGCCUCUAACUCGCGGAAGAUGAGCGAUACCCUAUAUAACCUUUGGAUCAAGUAUAUUGAAGAAUAUUCUCAAUGUAUGUUAACGAACCCAUCGGAUAAAUUGGCUGCAAUAGCAGGCAUUGCCCAAUUAUUCCAGGAUUUCACAGGUGACGAAUAUAUUGCUGGCUUAUGGAAGUCAAGACUCGUUGAAAUGCUGGGUUGGAACGUUUCUGCGCCGCGAAAACUUAAAUCCCUAGACUAUCGAGCGCCAUCAUGGUCCUGGGCUUCAACGGAUGGAGAUUUCACUCUUCGUCUCGACUAUGAAGUUCACUUACCUAGUCUAGUUAAUGUCUACCCGCAUGAACUAUCUGAUCGCGGGGUCCACACAAUAUGA